CCUGGAAUAGUAAGUGAAGUUAAUCAUGCUUGUAAAAGAAAGUAAUUCCCCACCAAGACCACCCGUCUGUCCGAUAUUGUGCUGCACCUCGGAGUCACGUUAUAGUGUCUGCGCCACGUUGUAAUACAGAAUUUCAUUUCCUCAGUAAUGUUUCAGCUCGCGGAAUGUACAGAAGCAAGUCUGAUUUCUUAAGCAUACCAUUUUUCAUUGACCAUCAGAGCACUAGGUUUUUGCACACUCAUGCCUGUGUCACGCCGGAGUUCGGUGGCUGUUUUGGGUGGAGUCGGUGUGAGCUGAGCGGCUCUUGAUAUGAAGGAAUGCGUCAUGAACGGCGUCGUUAAGGUAAUGCGUGUUACAAGCUUUCAAACACUUGAAAAAUACUCGGACGCGUUCAGUGUGAAGGCAGUCGUCUGGCGAGAUUCCUGGCGCAACGCGUGCACGCACCGACAUCAAGUCAUGUUGUCCUCCAUGAUUCUCCACGAUCAAACAAACGACCUAGACAUGAAACAUUAUUGUUGCUGCAUGUCGAUUACGUGUGCCAGAGAAUUUCGUCACAGCAGGCAGCGAGGCAUGACACUAAAAGUCUUAUCACGUUGUUGUAGAAGAGAUGAAUCACGGUGUCGGCGUGGUGGCCACGGAGAACCGCAGACAAAAAACGGCAUCGGUAGCGGCACACGUCCCAAUUAA